AUGGCGCAGUAUCAAGGCUUGAAUCAAGAGGAGUUGAGAGGAGAAGGAGAAAGUCAAGAAAAUCUGUCACAUAUUGCGCCAGAAACAGCAAUGCGCCCAUAUUUAUCCUUCACUCCAAUCAAUUUUAACCGUUCAAAAAGUUUAAACCCAAUAUCACCUUUGACACGCACAAUCGAUCCAUUGAGAACUUUGCGCAACACAGAUGUCUACGACCUACCAGAGGACGUCCCGAGUCCUCCCACUUCAGGUGGUAAAAAGCGACGAACUCCACGCUCGAAGAAUGGCCCCACGAAAAUCUUACCCAAUGCCAAAUCGCAUACAAAUACUAACGUUGAAGAUUGUGAUACUGAACUAUUUGAGGUAGCAUCGCCGAAGAGAAGGAAAAUUCUUACGAAAGGAUCGCAACCCGCAUUCAAGGUCCCUUCUAGAGUAAAAACAAUACCUGCUCAUCAAGAACUUGAGCAACCACCCAACAAAUUAGGCGACGGGCCUUCUGUUUCUCAAUUGGUUACACCACCUGAUACUCAUAAGAGAUCUAAGAAGAGAGCGCUUUCUGCCACAGUUACCAAGCGGAAGAAAUCUUCAGAGUUGUUUCAGAACUCAACAGUUACCAAACCAUCAUUGUCUUGCUUCACCUCAAAGUCUUCGAGAGAGCAAUCACAACCCAUCAAUCGGCUACAAGGUUUCACGACAACUGAGGAACAGAUGAAGCGUAAUUCGAAUGGAAUCGCGAACACAACUUUACAGAAAUUAGCAGCUUUUAGAUAUGUACCUCGCGAGGAGAAUGUAUUGGCGAAUCAAUCGAUCACUGCGAGCAAAAGAGACGACACUCAUCUUACCAUGGGUAAGCAUCGUGAUGGAUAUGUUUUUGAAGAGUCAAAUCAUACCUCAUCAGACUAUGGGCAUAUAUCAAGUGGCUCAUUUUUCGAAGAAGCUUUGUGGAUCUCAAAACAAUCUGUCGAUAGCAACGAGCCUGACACUAUUCGUAUUAACCAACUUCAAACCAAUCCCUUUUCUGAAAAUCUAUUGGCCUCUGUCACGCAGCAGAAGGUAUUCCAAAUUGAGCACUCGCUAAACCAAACCAUUGGGUCUUCCGCCUUUGGUGAAGGAAUACCGGAGGAUGCUCUUGAAAACCCCACCAAUAAUGAUGUUGACAGGCAGCAAUCGCAACUAGUUCCGCCAACAAUUGACAGCAGUGUGACCACUGAGCUUGGAGAUAUGACUUCCGAGUUGCCAGAAUACAAUAAACAUCUUCCAGAAGUUAAUGAUCGGCUGCCCAACACAGGAUUCGAGCAAGAACAACCACAGAAUUAUCAACAGUCACUGGUACUUUUGCCAACAAUCAGUGCCGAAACUUAUCACAACGACAAUCAUUCUGAGCUACCAGUCAUUGAAGAAGGCAUGCUAACGAUCAUAAAUCCUCCCCUAGAUUGUUUUGACAGCGAUAGCUUUGGCGAUGACAUUGAUGAUGAAGAUUUGUUAGCAUUGGAUGCAGAUCCUGCUAUUCUCGAAUCUCCCAUGAGAGACGAAGUGAUCCAAAGCAUUCCAAAGCAACCAUGUUCACCUUCCAUUUCACAUAUUGUUUCUUCUUUACGCACGAGGAAAACACAAUUACAUGAUCCCGUCACUCUUUCGCAAGAAGUCACUCGCGCUACAUCUCCACCCAUCGUUGCAGAUGAGGUUGACGAUUUUCCAAUGGAUACUGAUUUGGAAGAAGAAUUGUUUCGACUCGCAGGAACAAGUCAAUUUCAAGGAGUUGUAGAAUCAUUUGAACCACCACCAAGUUUAACCCUUCCGCGUGACGGUGAUGAUACUGACAGGGAAGUAUAUGAUGAUACUCUUCAAUUCUCUUCACCAACGCCCCGAGAACCAUUUUCUAACGGAAUAGCGCUGGUCAAAUCCACUGAUAAAUCUAGUCCAUCGAAACCACCAGCGACACAGGAAGAUGCAGAUUGGAGGUAUAUUACAUCGACGACUUUGAGGUCGGUCAAAGGUCCAGUCAUUCAAUCUUCUGAGGCUCUUAUCCAACUAUUGAAAAACAGACGUCUAGAGAAAUUGUCUACACCUGUUCAAUCGAUUCAAACCAACAUAUCGGAACCGUGGCUGGAUGAUAGUGAUGAUUAUCUACCCCUCACACCGUUUGCUCGGCCGAAAUUUCCCCAAAUAGUUCAAGAUCGAUGCCCAAUCAAUGGAUUAUCGUCCCAAACCAUUCUUCGUGUUUGUUUCCGGAUUGGUGAGAUGCUUAAAGAAGGAGGUCGAUGCAAUGCGUUAGGUCAAGAUGCAAUUAUCGAGCUCUUUGCCCGUGUCAAUUUCUCAUCUCGAGAACCUGGUACUACUAAACAGCACUUUCAAUUUGCAGACUUAUUUCAUGAUCGACCACCAUUUGCUAAGGGUAUUCUCGCGAACUUUAAGACGACGGGACUGGCGGAGAGUGAAAGUAGAACUUUCAUCGAAUCAAGCGAAUCUUUGAUGGCAAGAUGUCUGGGCAGAGUUAAGAAGGACGUAAAAAAUGGUUCUUGGCUGUUGCAUAUCAUCAAUGUGAGAGUGACGGAUUGGGAAGAGAUAAGAUGGACGAAGAGAAUUGUUUGUGGAGAGCGCGAAGAGGAAGUCAAUGUAAAGACGACUGCUACUAUUGCUAACUUGUGA